AUGCUGGAGAAUGUGCACAUGAUUCCAGAACCACCAUCAUGGUGGCACCCUACUUCUAGCCUCCCAGGUUUCAGUACCAACCAUCCAUCUUGUGGCCAAUCACUAGACGAUGAUGGCAAUACAUCACGCAACGACGAUGGUUCCAAAUCCUCGGAUUUUAUACAGAGGCGAACUAGAGGUCCUACCUUGACGCAUGGCGGCAGUGUGCUACACAUUGAGGAAAAUGAAUUAAGGCAACCAAUUGGUGAAAAAGCCUCUCCACUUCAAUCUCGUUUAGGCAUGCUAGCUCGAAAUGGGACCAUGGCACCUUUAAAUUGGCACGAGUGGCGUGCUGUUCCCAAGGAGUACAAAGAAAUAAUAUGA